AUGAAAAAGCGCAGAACAAGAAGUUCAGCGGUUGAUGGUGUCGGCAAUGGUGAAAUUGAUAAAGUAAAUAAUAAGCCAGAAAAUGGAGAACCAAAUACUAGAUUCGUUGAUCACGCUUUCAAGAAGAACAAUAAUAAUAAUGAUGAUCAAGAACCACCGAUAGUAACACGAAAGCUAAGAUCCAGCGACUCUUUUGGCAAUUCUUUCAGAAAUAAAUCAAGUGAUACCAGUCUAAAGAGAAUAAACACAUCACAAGACCUGAGUAUAUCAAAUAGCCACCGGAAAGUCAAAAGAAUAAAAUUGAACUUUCGUGCCCCACCUCCCACAAUCACCCAUCCUGACCAUGUUACACGUCGCUCAUUCCCCAAUUUAACAGAAUAUUUAGGCUCGUUCAAGUCUUUCUUGGAUGACGAUUUAUCAUUGGAAGAAUAUACUCUGAAGGUUGGUGAUGAAAUACAAUUGAUCAAAAAAAUCAGGAACGCAAUCAAUAAUCAAGUGCUCCAAAUCGAUCCAUAUACUAGCAAAAUAAUAAAACAUCCAAAGCACAAACCUCCUGUUGAUCCAUUUGUAACUCUCCCGACAACACAUGAUCAUUUAAUAGCUCAGGGGGUUAAAAUGUCAAAAAUAUUCCAUGAUCAAUCGAGAGCGCGGAUCAAUAGAACUAAGAAAAUCAACAGUAUGGUGGAAAAUUAUUUCAAGAAAUUGGCAGGGGAAAAAGAUCGUGAAAUCCGUGACCAUGAAAAAAGAAUGAAGAAGAUGGCAAGAGAUACCGUCACUAUGGUUAAAAGACGUUGGAGAGAGGUUGAAAAGGCUUACAAGAUUAUCGUUGAUAAGAAAAGAGAAUUGGAGAAGAUUGAAGAAGGCAAGAAGACUAUGAAUAGAAUGGUUUUGGAUAGCAGUUUGAAAGCUGUCGGUCACGCUAUUAGUGGCAAAGCUCCAAGCCAAGAGCCAGAAAGUGACAGUGAAGUUGAGAGUGAUGUAGAUGAUUCAGAAAUUGAGGAAAGGGAAGAUGCUAAUUCCAACGUAGAUUUGAAACCCGAUAAUGAUGAUGAUGAUGAUGAUGAUUCCAAGUUGACCCAAGAGGAACUUAAAAAGAAAUAUGCUUUCUUGGAUAGCUAUGAAAUGGCAAAUAAUGAUAAGACUAAUGAGGAAGAUGAUGAAAAGGAGAUUGAGGAAGACGGACAAGGCGAAAAAGAUAUAGUUGUUACUGAAGAAGAUAUAGAAAGAUACAAGGCGCUUGAUAAUGAUGACCAUAAUUCUAUGUUAGACAGCGAUGAAUCAUUAUCUGAUUCAGAAGAAGAAAGUGAUUCAGAUAAUGAGACUGACUCUGAGGAUGAGGCUGAAGAUAAUGGGGGAGGCUUGGCAUCCUUAUUUGGCGAUGUAAUAAAUAAAGAUGAAAGUGAUGACGAUGAAGUAGAAAAUUAUGAGGAUGAAGAAGUUAAAAUUGGUGAAGAUGAAGAUGACCACGGAAGUAUAACAGAAAUUGAAGGAGUAAAAAGUCCUUUACCAAAAAUUGAGGAAGUAGACGAUGAAGAUAUGAGGAAAAAACAAACAAGAACCGAUGAUAGUGAUGGAAUAGCUAAUUCUGAUGAUGAAAAUGAAAUGAAUAUUGUCCUAGCAGAUGAGAAAACUAAAGAUGAGAAGCCUCCAAAACAAGAACCUCUAAAAGAAGAAAUCUCCAAAGAAGACGAUGGUUCAGCUACAAUUCCGGAUGUUCCUGUCCCAUCGUUGUUGCGAGGAACAUUGCGAGCCUAUCAAAAGCAGGGUCUUAACUGGUUAGCAAAUUUGUAUAAUAAUAACACCAAUGGUAUCUUGGCAGAUGAGAUGGGUCUUGGUAAGACCAUUCAGACUAUUUCUUUGAUUUCUUAUCUUGCUUGCGAGAAGCAAAUUUGGGGUCCGCAUUUGAUUGUUGUUCCAACAUCGGUGAUGUUGAAUUGGGAAAUGGAAUUCAAAAGAUUUGCUCCAGGUUUUAAGGUGUUGACAUAUUACGGAAAUCCCCAACAGCGUAAAGAGAAAAGAAAGGGUUGGAACAAGGCCGAUGCUUUCCAUGUUUGCAUCACAUCAUAUCAAUUGGUAUUGCAUGAUCAUCAAUCUUUUAGAAGAAGAAGAUGGGAAUACAUGAUUUUGGAUGAAGCACACAACAUCAAGAAUUUCAGAACUGCAAGAUGGCAAGCCUUAUUAAAUUUCAACACAAAUAGAAGACUCUUGUUGACUGGUACACCAUUGCAAAACAAUUUGGCAGAAUUAUGGUCUUUGUUGUACUUUUUAAUGCCAUCGGCGAAAAAUGUCAGCAACAUGCCAGAAGGGUUUGCUUCCUUGGAUGAUUUCCAGCAAUGGUUUGGUCGACCUGUCGAUAAAAUCAUCGAAGGAGGGAGUUAUGAACAGGAUAGAGAAACUAAGGAAACAAUUUCUAAAUUACACAAGGUUUUAAGACCGUAUUUAUUAAGAAGAUUGAAAGCAGAUGUUGAAAAACAAAUGCCACUCAAGUACGAGCACAUCAUUUACUGUCGUCUUUCCAAAAGACAGCGGUUCUUGUACGAUGAUUUCAUGUCAAGGGCACAAACAAAAGAAACUUUGGCCAGUGGUAACUUUCUAUCCAUUAUUAAUUGUCUCAUGCAACUUCGUAAAGUUUGCAAUCACCCUGAUUUGUUUGAGGUUCGUCCAAUUUUGACAUCGUUUGCAAUUGAAAACUCAAUUCCAGGAAAGUUCCAGAAAAAAUUGCCGAGUGUUGUGGCCGAUGUUUUGAAAAGGGAAAUUAAUAUGGAUCUUUUGGGUUAUAUAUUCACCAACAACGAAAUGAAUUUGACUACUUCCAAUUCAAAUUCCAUUAACAAAUUGAACGCCAGAAAAUUUUUGAUGAAAGAAUGUCAAAAGUUAGAAGAGCUCAUAGCCAAUCCAAUUGAUUCCAAUUACAAUGACAUAGGCGAUUUUUACAAAUACUACAAAUACGUUGAACAAAAAGAUGCCUUAGACCAUUCCAGGCAAACGAUAUACAUUAAUGAUUUUCGUUGUUCACAGAAACCUGUUUUUGGAAGUAACUUGUUGAAUUUGUUGCAUGUUGAUACGUUUUUUAAUGACACAAAGUACUACCUUAAAAAGGAUAACCAUAUUUUGGAUGAUAUGAUUAAACCAUUGAGCACAAGAAUUUUGUCGGUGAAGAAUUCAAUUAAUAGUUAUGCCUUUGUAACCCCGCCUAUUGUUACUUUAGAUUACAAAAAUCAGUUGAUUCCUGAAUAUGUCACGGAAAGAAUUCUCGAAGCUGACCCCGAUGUAUUUAGUGAAAAUUCUCUUCAUCAACCACAAAUGAAAUUAUCAAUUCAAUUUCCAGAUAAGAAUCUACUUUUAUAUGACUCUGGUAAGUUACAAAAAUUAGCCAAAUUGUUGUAUGAUUUGAAAGUUAAUGGACAUAGGGCUUUGAUUUUCACUCAAAUGACCAAGGUGUUGGAUAUCUUAGAGAAAUUCUUGAAUGGGUUGGGAUAUUUGUAUAUGAGAUUAGACGGUGCUACUAAAAUUGAAGACCGUCAAUUGUUGACUGAGAAGUUUAAUCGGGACCCGAGAAUUACCUGUUUUAUCUUAUCUACUAGAUCCGGGGGUUUGGGUAUCAAUUUAACUGGUGCCGAUACGGUUAUCUUUUAUGAUAAUGAUUGGAAUCCUGCUAUGGAUAAACAAUGUCAAGAUAGAUGUCAUAGAAUCGGUCAAACUAGAGAUGUUCACAUUUAUAGAUUUGUCAGCGAAUACACUAUUGAAGAGAACAUUAUGAGAAAGUCCAACUACAAGCGGAAGUUGGAUAACGUGGUCAUUCAAGAUGGUGAUUUCACUACCGAUUAUUUUGGAAAGUUGACGCUAUCAGAUAUUUUAGGUACCGAGUCUGCAGACGGGUCGAAAUUGCUAAUGGGUGAUGGUAAUAUUGAUAGUUUAGCUCAGGCCGAAGAUGCCGAAGAUGCUGCUGCUGCUAAGGAAGCGAUCAAAGAAAGUGAAUUAGAUGUUGAAGAUUUUGAUGAAAAUGCAUCUACCGCUCAAUCAAAUAAUGUUCAAACUAAUAAUAACGAUAAAUCAAAGACCGGUAGUCCAGCUGUUGUUGCUAGUAGUGACAAAUCAGCGAUAGAAACACCAUUAAUGGAUACUGCGGAUGAGAAUGUGGAUGAAGGCGAAGUAAAAGAAGGAGAUGUUGAUGUUGAUGAUGAAGAUGAAGAUGACGGAAUGGGUCAUGUUGAUGAGUAUAUGUUACGUUUUAUUGAGGAUGGUUACUAUUAUUAG